ACGUGCAGAAUUCACACAUAGCACCUCUUUUAAUAAACUUCUCCUCACUGAGGCACUUCAACAACUUGAGUCGAAGCCAGACUUGUAGAAUCGCAGCUGAUGUCUGAGGACUGAGAGGGGGGAAGAGACGCCCAACCCAUUUCUUUUGUGCUGAAGAGCCUGUGAUUUCAUUGAGCUUUUCCCGGGCUGCUACUAUAAUGGGCUCCCUCGCUUUGAAUCGCUCUUGUAUCCGAGACUUGUUUUUGCUGGUUAAACUAGAGCAAUCUUUUUUUUAGUUGGCAGCAGUUUUGAAGCUUGAGGACUGGCAGAAGAAAUUUCUCGCCGAGCAUCCGGACUGGUCCCAAUGAAAAUGCACGGGAGAAACAGGUACAACCUGGUGGACGAUGUAGCGGAUUCGCGAGUCCCGCUUCACAACGAGGAAGCAUAUCAACACGGAAUACACUUCCAAGCCAAGUAUGUUGGCAGCCUGGAUGUCCCAAGACCAAACAGUCGCAUGGAGAUUGUUGCUGCUAUGAGAAGAAUCAGGUAUGAGUUCAAGGCAAAAAGUGUGAAGAAGAAGAAAGUGAGCAUAGGGGUCUCUGUAGACGGGGUCAAAGUGGUGCUACGCAAGAAACCCAAGAGGAAAGAGUGGACGUGGGACGAGAGCAAGAUGCUGGUUAUGCACGACCCCAUAUACAGGAUCUUCUAUGUAUCCCAUGAUUCUCAGGAUCUGAAGAUUUUCAGCUACAUUGCUCGUGAUGGAUCCAGCAAUUCGUUUAGAUGCAAUGUGUUCAAGUCCAAAAAGAAGAGUCAGGCCAUGCGGAUAGUGCGGACGGUCGGUCAGGCGUUUGAGGUGUGCCAUAAGCUGAGUCUGCAGCACGCUGAGCAGAAUGCAGAUGAGCAGCCAGACGGCCCUGCAGACGGCCAAAGCGAUCAGUCUGGAGAAGAGCCCAGCCCUGAAGGUCGUCAACUGACAGGGAUGGAGCAGGGAAUGGAUGAUAUCACUGGAAUGGAGUCUCAUUCUACAAAGCUCAGUGAGCAGGCUAUGGAUGACAUUCUUCAAAGCCUGUCAGAGCUUAACAUGGUGAAACCUGGACAAACCCAUCAGUCUUUACAAGACCAAGAGGGUGUCUCACUCUACACGCUAUCCCCGAGCAGCCCUUGCUCUCCUACUUUCACACCUUUGGCCACCCAACAUCACCUGCAGUUACUCCAACAACAGCUGCUACAGCAGCAACAACAAACACAGAUCGCUGUAGCACAGGUGCAGCUUCUAAAGGAUCAGCUGGCUGCGGAGACAGCUGCCCGCAUUGAGGCGCAGGCCAGAACUCACCAGCUGCUGCUGCAGAACCGAGACUUACUGCAACAUACAGCCCUGCUGGUGAAACACCUCAACCAACUGGAGAUCAGAGUCAGUGGAGCCACACAGAAAGAAGACUCACCAUGGAGUAGUGUGCCCACUCGAUCCCUCUCUCUCAACCUGAAGAACCUCUACACUCCUUGCUCAGACCAGCCCGUCACCUCCACUCCAGCAGGACAGCCAGAAAACCCUCCCGUCUCCUCCCACGCUGAGUCCUACCUCAAUCUGCUCAACCUGCGUGGUGCUCCCACCAUUACAGCCAACAGGAAUCCAGCACGUGCAAGAAGUGAAGCUGGAGUGGAUGCAGCAAGAAAGGAAGUUUCUAAGCUAGAAACUCGGAAUUCAGCGGCACUUGAUGACAGGUAUAAACAAACCAUUCCUAAACUGGACCCCCCACCUCAGCCCCUGAACCGCAAGCGGUCAAACAGAACUCUCUCUCCGGGUGUAGAGGCGGAGUCAAGGUCUUCAGCUGUAGCCACACCUGUAAAUGGGAACGUAUUCACAAAUGUGAGCGGUAGCUCCUCGUUUCCUGACAUCACGCUAUGUUCUGUUUCUCCGGGGGAUUUGUAUUCUCACAUCAACGGCAACAGCAUGUCAUGUUCAGCCAGCGAGGAUUCUGGCGUGCGCUCGAAUGACAAAUCCCUUACAUCCCCCCAAUCCAGAGACGACCCCUCUGAUGACCAGAGCUCCGCGUUCAUCUCCACAUCCAGUACCUGCAGCAGCUUACCUGAGGAUCAUCCAGCUGUGGAUGGUGGGAGUCCACCGCAUUCAACCACACCGCUGGGCUAUGAGCAAACCAUCCCGUUCUCUUCAUCUGUGAAUGACACAUGCCUUCAUAUAAGCCUGAGCGAAGAUGAGUUUCUGGAGGACGGCACCUAUAAUGUCACCACCCCAUGCAGGAGUUAGAGUGCCACAUGAAAUCAGAGAGAAAUCACAAUAAUAACGACUUCACAGUGUUGAGAAACUCCACAGAACAAAAACAGUGAAGAAAAUGGGAUUUUUUUUCUGUCAAAUGAACUGCGAUAUUAGCCACAGCCACAGCCACUGUUAUUUUGCAUAUUACUUCACACAGGUUUUUGGCUCCUUGUUUCGAUCAAUGACUCCUCUUUUGUAUCCUAAAAUCACACAUUUCCCCAUCUACAAUGCCCUAAAAUGAUUUAAUCUAUAAGAUAUGCUGAAAGAAGAUUUGCAGUAGUGUGAUACAGACUAGACUAUUAUUGACAGAUGGAUAGAGUGUAUUUUUUUAGACUGAAAAUAAAGUUAUUUUUAGCCUAUAAACAAGCCAUGAAUGAAGUGCAUUGGCUCCUACUAAACUGAAUAGGAACUGUUGCUGUUAGUGUUGCCAAUGUUUGUGUGUUUUUUAUAUUAUAAGUUCAGGUCCAAUGUUUUUUUGUUGUUUUUUUUUUUUUUUUUUUGUGCAAAUUGAUUGAUAUAUUGUUUGAAUGUUAUUUAGAUGUUUAAGAGCAGUUAUGUAGCAAAGAAACUCAGAAGUAUGUUAGCAUAAGGCUGGUGGCUGGUGAAAAAUAGUUAAGGAACAUAUAGAAAUAUGAAGGAACUGAGAUGAAAUGCAUUUUGUUGCAGGAAUUCCCAAAAAUGUGCAUUUUGUUUCAUGCCGUAAAAUGUAUGAAUAACUAAGACAGCUUGAGUAGAUAUGACUGCAGACAAAAAAGGGACAUGAUUAUGUCUAGACAUCUUAAAGGGCCGAACCUCCUUUCUGAUUCUGAGGCUUCACCAAUCAAGGUAAAUGAAGGACCAUCAUUAUCACUUCUGCCAGGUUUAAAGGCUGCAAAGAAAAAAACAGAGGGAGAGAAUAGAGGUGUUGCAUUAGCAAUAGAUUGAAUAAUUUUCACAUCCUAUGAAUGUGUACUCACUGCUUUUCUCAGUUAACUAGUGUCAUACUGUUUUCCUUAUGAUCCCUUCUUCAAAUAAACCACCAGAUCAUCUGCUUAGGAACUUAGGAACUGCCUAGGAAAACAAAACUGUAAAUCAAGUGUUUCUGAUCAUUCCCACUUGUCAGUUCAACUCUGAAUGCUUUUUUCUUAUUAUUGAAACAGUAUCUCAUCUAAUUCAAACAGAAAAAGUACUAUAAAUAUAUAUUGACUCCAGAUCAUGGUCAGCUUUAUUUUAAACAGACUGGAAUACUCAACUUCUUUGACCUGAAACUGUGAAAUAAGUGUGCCACUUACUGAAAAACAAACAUUUUUUUUAUUGUUUUGCAAUGAGACACAAACCACAAAAAGCCGUGGAUUGGUGGAUCACACAAAACUAUAAUGUAUCAGGGUGAAUAUUAAUGAAAUAGGCAGAUUAGAGGAAGGUUGGACAGCAGGAUGAACAGGAGGGAUUCAUGUCAUUAUGAAAGCAAUGGUGUGAGCAGGUGUUUUUUACUGAUAUGGGUUAGCAUGACUCCUCGAGAAGAGAGGGGAAGGGAAGGGAAGAGAAAGGGAAAAGAUGUUAGUAAAGGAGAUGGAAAAGAGAAAAUAAAUGGUGUUUUUAAAUGUAUUGUUCAAAUACACUGCUGUUAUGGCAAAAAAGAAGAGAGAUAAAUGAAUAAACUGUCAAUUUUG